AUGGGCAUCUCGCUAGGAGAACUGCGGCGACUCUUCUACUGCCCUCCCUGCCCGAGCAUCAGCUCCGCCAAGCCGGCCUUCCUGCCGCCAAACCCACCUACGCCGAGCUUGUGCACGAGCGGCGCGGCCCAGGGUCACCGGCCUGAGCGGCCGCCGCGGCUCCAGCCCCUGCCUCUGCAGACUAAGGAGGGCCCGGCGCAGAUCCCAGAGUUUGCAGCCUGCACCGAGCGAGCGCGCGCGCGACUGGCGGCACCGGCAGCGCGAGGUGGACGCGGCCGAGGUGUUCUUCGCGCCCCCGGCCAGGCACGACCCGCGGGGCUGCAGGUUGGUGGCCCGCCCGCCCUGCAGCCGCUGCGCGCGGCUCUUCUCCCACGGGGACGCGGGGGACCAGGGCCAGAUGUCAGCUUCCAUGUGGGCCUCGGCUCGCGCAUCAGAUGCAGCGUAUGGGAUUCCUCGGUCUACGGCUUGAGCCCGGCCAGCCCCCCAGAACCGCCCUGCAGACCCGCAGGUACUGCGCCCUGGGCAGGGCCCCAGUCCCGAGAACUUCGUCCUCUGCAGGCAGAGCCCGGGACUGCGGUCGCGGGGGACUCGGCCUCGCGGGGCCGCGCGCGCUCGUCCUCUGCUGCCCCCUGGCGUCCGCUCUGCGCGUGGCCUGUCCGGACCCCAGGAAGACUGACCGCUUCCUGGCCAUCCCAGCACCGAGGGGAUUUCCGGUCUCCUCUCACCUGUGGGUCGUUCUGGGGUGAGCAUGAGGUCCUCGGCCUCUCUCACGGCCUGGCCGUGUGUGAGCGCUGA